ACAGCAACCUCAUUGGAUUUUAAACGGGAAGCUUGGCUUUCACGUGUACGUGUUGGAGGAUUUUUUUUUGUAGUUUCUACUCCAUGUAUGCAGUCUAAAAAGUGACACGAUGUUAAAUGUAACUGCAAAUGGUGUAACUGGAAUAAUAUUUUCAUAUCUCAAUAUAAAUCAAUGAGUAUCCUUAGUGAGAAAGCAGAAAUCUACCAUGACGCUUGCCGGCUGCUGGAGGAUUGUCCUCUUUAAAAAUGUCAUAAGGCCAAGAGCGUACCUCAGGUGUCCUGUCGUCUUUGGUCAGCUUUGCAGUGUUAGAUUUCUGUGCAGCAGUCCUGUCCCUUUUGGCUCUGAGGACACGAUCUUCGCGUUGUCUUCUGGAAGAGGUCGGUGUGGAGUAGCCGUGGUGCGUGUGAGCGGACCAGAUGCAUCCGGAGCUCUGCGCGCUCUGACCGGCCUGAAGCGCACGCUGACCCCCCGCACUGCGCACCUCCGCAGCAUUACACACCCCAAAUCUAACGAGCUGCUGGACCGCGGCCUUAUCCUGUGGUUCCCAGGCCCUCACAGUUUCACUGGAGAGGACAGUGCUGAAUUUCACGUACAUGGAGGACCUGCUGUCAUUAGUGGUGUUUUACAAGCCCUGGGUAGUCUGCCUGGACUGCGACCUGCCGAGGCGGGUGAGUUUACUCGGCGUGCGUUCCAUGCUGGAAAGUUGGAUUUGACAGAAGUGGAGGGGCUUGGGGAUUUGAUCCACGCAGAGACAGAAGCUCAGAGGAGACAAGCUCUUCGGCAGAUGUCAGGGCACCUCGGUCGCCUUUACAAUGAAUGGAGUCAGCAGCUCAAGCAUUGUUUAGCGCACAUGGAAGCUUUCAUUGACUUCAGUGAGGGUGAGCUCAUAGAGGAUGGAGUCUUAAAUCAAGUGGACAUGGCAGUCUCCAAGCUCCAAGCGGAAAUAAAGGAGCAUCUUUGUGAUGAACGGCGGGGUGAGCGACUGCGCAGUGGUGUACAUGUGGUCAUAGCAGGAUCCACCAAUGCUGGCAAGAGCAGCCUUUUCAAUCUACUGUGCCAACGUCCUGCAGCUAUUGUGUCUCCUAUACCAGGGACCACCAGAGACGUUGUGGAGACGCCUCUGGACAUCGGAGGAUUUCCGGUCCUGUUGAGUGACACUGCAGGUUUGAGAGAGACUGAUGACAACGUGGAGCGAGAGGGUGUCCAGCGUGCCCUUAAAAGGGUGGAAAUGGCAGAUCUGACACUGGUGGUUGUCGACUCAACCCAGCUUCCUCAGGAGCCUCAGAUGGUGCCAGGUUUCCUGAAUGACUACCUCAACAAUGUGCUGCCAAAAAAGCUGGAGAAGGAUCACGUGCCUCAGUGUCUCCUGAUUCUCAACAAAAGUGACCUACUGCCUAAAGAAAACAUUAGCAUCAUCCAGAGGGCCCUUAGUGACCUAUUCAUUGAGGCUUCAGUCUGUAUUCUGUCAUGCAGUACCAGAGAAGGACUGUCUGAUUUCUUGAAACUCCUGCAGGAGAAAGUUAAGACAAUGUGUGCAGAUCCGCUGGUCGGCAGCCCAAGUCUAACUCAAACUCGCCAUCGGACUAACCUGCAAAAGAGCAUUGAGGCCUUGAGUCAGUAUUAUAAGUACAGAGACAUGGACCUGGCGCUGGCAGCAGAGGGACUGCGCUUGGGUCUUAGCUGCUUGGGUAGAAUCACUGGCAAGGUCGACACUGAAGAGAUCCUGGAUGUGAUUUUUAGAGAUUUUUGCAUUGGGAAAUAAACUUCAGUCCUUAUGUUUAAUGAA